AUGGAAACUUGCACGCUGGAAAACUUAAAGAACUACGAAGAAAUCCUUGCGGAGAACGCCGAUAAGUACCAGGCCCUUAUAAACAAGGCCAAACAAGAGUUUUCAAAUCUCUUGCCACGGUUUAGUGAAAUAUUGAAUCUUAAAGAAACCAUACGAGCCCAAGCUUCAGAAGUCGAGCGGUUGAAUAUUGAGAAUAAUGUACUGCUGACAAAGCUGACAGCUGCGUCUCUAGAGCGCAACGAGGCAAUUUAUACAGCACAACAAGCCCAACUGCAGGUCGCUGCAUUCCAGAACAAGAAUGAGAAACUCUUGGAAAUUGUUCACUUGCUCAGAAAUAAUGGGGGAAAUAUGGAAGAUCUUUUCGUAGCCUCUUUUGAGUUACCCCACAACGGAUCUAAAAAGGGAGCAAUCGGGAUGCUUGGUCGCAUGGAGAUGAUAAAAGAAGAUAGGAUGUUGAGCCGCCCUAACAGUGCUAUCAGAUGCACAAAUUGCAGAGCAUCUGCAACGCCUCGGGACACGCACUCUGGAAGAGAGGAUGAGUGGAUAGCAGCUGUUAGCGGUACUAACUCUGGAUUGCCUGAGGACUUACGUCACGCACCGUACGAGGCACGAAUAUCAUCAUUAGAGGCGGAGCGCGACGGCAUUCUCGAUCUCUACACAGCCCGGAUCUCUGAACUUCAGGGCUCGCUUGAGCGGGUGCGCGCAACCCUAUCCGAGCGUGCAGAGAAAGCGGAGAAUGAGCUUGAUGCCACAUCGAAGGAGCUUGUGCGCAAUCUUCGACGUGCAGGGGAUUUGGAGGCCCGCGUCCUUCACUUGGAAAGCAAUCUAGCCACGCUUGCUGCCAAGGGCACACUUACCGCCAACCGUGUGCGUGAGGAGGCAGAGCAGGCCAUUCGAGACGCAAGAAGAGAGCUCAAAGUCUUUGAACUAAACAAGCAGAAAGAAAUAAAGACCGUUGAAAAGAAAGCAAAGCAGACCAUUUCGUUCGACAACAGCAAGCUCAAGGAACGGAUUGCAGAGUUAGAGACUAUAAAUGCCGAGUUAUCUAAUAAGGUAAUAUUGACAGAGGACAGACUUCAUCGCUGCGAGAAAAAGCUGAGAGAGAUCACUACAGAGAACGCCCUUGUGCGCGAGUCUCUUCGCAACCUCCAUUCCUCGGGUUUGCCAAGCCUGGCGCUGACAGGAAUCACGAAGAGCUCCGGGACACAGAGCUCGCUAAAGCAGGAGUCCACCACAAAUGCACCAUCCAUCGAUUUACUUAGUAUCUGCAGUGGGGGAGAUGAUUGGGUGACCAUGUACGAAGCAUACAAUGAUAACAGUAGUAGUGUGAGUGCGGCCGGUUUCCAGAACAUUUCCAGGCGGGACCCAAAAAGGAAGUCAACCACGGAUGGGUAG